UGAGCCCAUGCUGCUUAUGUUUUGGCAGGCCAGACCAUGGCUGCUUCAGACAUCGACCUGUCAUCUGUCAGGGGCGCUGGAUCCUCACCGUCAUUGCUUGCUGAUCCCCAGCUUUAUACGUCUCUUUCUUUGAGCGUGGAUGACCAACUAACUAACUAGUAUGGCUGAUAUAACCAGACUCCGUUUUGCACACUCGGUCGGCUUACCCAAUUUCCCUAUCAACAGCUGGUGGAGGCUAUGUCUCUAUUCUAUAUGCUAAUGAACACGGUAUUCCCCAUCUACAGGGCCGUAAGGUGGUUUCAAGCAUUGCAAGGCUUUGCUUACAUUUUAACUCCCCCCAGCAUGGACAGAAAGACGGUGGUCGACUCAUGCAUGAGAUCUUAUGCUCAACCAAGGCUCGGCUGCCUGAAUGGAUACUUGUGUAACAGCAGUUGAAUCAAUACACUGCAGUCGAAUGUCCUACAGUCGGUUAUUGGACAAGCUGGUGCAUUGCUUGUCAGGAUGGAUAGUCUCGUUUGUAAGACUCUUGACAGCUACCGCUACUAUGCCGUUGCACUCAAGCGCAGAACAGCAUAUAUUUAUACCCCAUGAGGCCUUCUCCUUCUCGUUCUUUUCACAGACACACCAGAAAUAUUGUGCUGGGAUAUGCUUGAUACUGGUACAGAUCUUAAACCGACACGAUGGAUACUUCGCUACGGACACACGCCUUCAUGUUUGCCGUAAUGGCGCUUCCCCCACUAGGGUCGCUUUACCUUGGACCAGACGCCACGAAAGGUUCAUCUAAUCUAUACCUUUACCAUGCAGCUAUCUUACUGGUAUGGACUGCCGCGAUAAAAAAGAUUGUCUAUAAUCAUUACUUCGGUCCCCUGAGAAGCAUUCCAAUGGCACCAGGAGAUUGGCUCAUCUUCGGUCAUACACCAUAUAUGUAUCGUGCAAUCCCGGGGAACUGGAUCCUCGACUUUGUCAAUAAGCGCAAUGCCAGAGAUUAUGGAAUGAUAAGAACAAAGGGCAUACUGCAUCUAAGCGAUACAGUCAUCCUAACUGACCCCGAUUUAUUCAACGAAGUCUUGAGCGCUCACUGUUAUGACUGUGAGUGUCAUUUCAUGUAUUAUUAUCCUAUCUACAUGCAUUUCAACUAAUAGGCAGAAGAUAUCAAACCACCUAAACGCACUGCAUUUGUUAAACGAAUGAUAGGACGGGGCAUUGGCACUGCCGAACUUGCAGAGCACAAGGCACAACGAAAGUCUGUUCGGCCAGCCUUUCUCGGCCAUGUUAUCAAAGAACUUGUCCCGAAGAUAUGGCUUAAAGCUCUUGAGUUCACAGACUUUAUGGCGACUGAGUCAAAGGCCACUGAUGGUGCCACUGAGUUCCACAGAUUAGUCUCCCUGGUGACACUUGGUAAGGGAUACAAAAUCCAUAGGAGAAUAUAUACAGAUGUCCAGAUCCCCUGACCUCUGACUCAUUGUUAUCUAGAUAUCAUUGGAGUUGCUGCUUUUGGCGAGGAUUUCAAGUCUCUAUAUAGUUCACAGAAUGAGCUCGCAGCCACGUUUCGUCGAAUGUUAGAUCCAACCUGGGAUUUUAUCAAAUACUUUGUUGCAUGCAUGUUACUACCGAGCUGUAUUUCCUCCAUGCUUCCUAUGGAGGGAAACAAAACAUUGACAGCAUGCAAGUCUAAACUGCUGAGUCUCAGUCACCAGCUAGUUACCGAGAAAAAGGAGGUGGCUAAGAAAGGGGGAAACUACAGCACAACCGUCUUAUCGGUGCUUCUGAAAAAUGGGGAAUUUUCUGAUGACGAUAUACGGGACCAGAUGUUGACAUUCUUGUUUGCAGGGUACGAUUUUCAUUCAAUCUCAUCUAGAAGGAUGGCUUUGCUAACAACGGCAUCUAGUCAUGAAACUACGAGUACAUCAACCACUUUUGCCAUGUACCUUCUCGCUACACACCCUGAAAUUCAAGAGAAACUUCGAGUCGAGGUUCAGGGAGUAUUAUCACAGUGCCACCCACAUGAGCUCACGGAUCAAAUGUUUGAGUCAAUGCCACUCCUUUCUGCGGUCGUGUCCGAGACUCUCAGACUUUGGCCGGUGGCGGUAAGUCUUCAACGAACUUAGUGAAGAUGGCCGUGUAACUACUUCUUUGCUUCUUAUACUAAUGUUUCCCCCCCUCCUAUCCAGCCCUUACAGCCGCGAGUUGCCAUAGUAAGUGUUACAGUACCAGCCCAUCUCACGUUGAUAACAUACCCUUGUGACUAAAAAGUCUUUCUAAAGAGGGACAGUGUCAUUCGGGGUGUCACAAUUCCCAGAGGCACACGGGUCAACAUGUCUAUCUUAACAGCUAAUCGGUCACAGUCUAUCUGGGGAGCAGAUGCAGAUGAAUUCAGACCUGAACGGUGGCUCGGCGAGGGUAGAGAGACUCAUGGAGGGACUAACAGCCGCCUUGCAAGUAGUACUACUUUCUUGUUUGGACCACGAACUUGUAUUGGACAAAGCUUUGCUAGGGCAGAGAUGAAGUGCCUGAUUGCAGCUAUGGUGGGAAGAUUCAAAAUUGAGAUGCUGCAUCCAGACCAGGAGGUUGUGGUCGCCGGGGCUGUAAGUCUAAUUCUAUCACCUUCUUGAUCUCCUUGACCUCUUUGCUCGGAUAUGCUGUGUCUUGCUAACACUUUAUAUGCACUUAGAUCACGAUCAAGCCUAUGAACGGCCUAAAUAUUCACCUCACAGAUAUUGGCCCAAAUCAUAAGUGAGGAGAUAGCCAUUGCUCUGGUUACUACGUUGCUUGUAGGGAAUACAUCCGAGCCUGUUCUCAGGUGCAUUCGGCUCUUCUUUAGCUACUCCGUUCUGUUGAUAUAAGGUAGGUAACUAUCAGCCGCAUUAAACAGUUAGUUAUAUGAACUACUAACUAAUGGGUAGGGCCGUAUUUCAAGCUUCCCCGUGUAAUGUAUCUUUACUGAUGGGACCUAUCAACAGCUGUCCUGCGCCGCGACUAACCUUAGUAUCUGACUUACUGAUACUAUUUGUACUAGAAGUGCAUCAAGAACGGUCGCCAUACCCUCCAGGCCUGUCUUUGGGAUGCUUGCUCUCGGGCAGUCUCCCAAGACUACCCAUGUCCAACGACCAUACUACGCCGAUGACCACGUAACUCGAAUGUUCAUCUGAGACAGGGAGCCCUCGUCUAAAUGAACUUCGCCUUCCCGUUCCUCACUUAUCUAACUCUUGCCUGGUAUUGGUCUUCUGGACGUAGUUUAUCCCCCGGGUCCCGCUUGUUGAAGAUACGAGCCUACCGAAAGUCGAUGAUUCCAUUAUUACGGAGUAUAUCCUGUGCCUCUACCUGACUUAAUUAUGAUAAAACGAUAUACUGUGUGUAAAUGUACUGUACCCCUGAACCCACUGAGUUUUUUUCAGAGAUGUCUCUGUAUUGAUGUAUAAAACUUCGAAGGCUCUCUCACUUGUCUAUUCACUUCCCAGUCAUCUGUUUGCCUCCAAAAGGGAUGAAUAACUAGCCGUGUACUCCGUUCAAGUGGCAGACUCCUGCUUUCCUGCAACGGUCAGGGUUUUUCUCAAGAUGGAAGACUUCUUUAGCUGGGACACAACACAGCAAGCUCUGUGAGACUGUGAAUUCCUGCAUAUCACAGAUAGCUAGUCAAGACUGGCUCAAUAUAAGCUCUGCCUGUUUGCUGUCUGUUCUCUAUAGUUAUCCAAAGCUGCCUGCCACUGCUCGUUGGCUAUAUAAUGACCAAAACCAGCAGACUAACUGCUGGGCAAGCAUGAAAACAAACAAACCACCGGGCAACCGGGAAAACUAGCCUGAACCGAUUUUCUCUUGAUAACAAACAGGCUGCUCCCAUGGCCCUUUUUC